CUCAAUUAUAGCUAUAGUGAAGAAACUAUUUCUUCAAAUAAUGUGAAACUUUUCAAAACCCGACUGAACAAGGAAAAUUGGAAUGCUUAAAAACCAUCAUGUUAUGAGCACAAUGAAAUUAAUUAGUUAUACAGUGUAUAUAAAUUGUGAGAAACCUACAAGAAGACAUUCAAAUGAUGGGCCAAGAUAGCUUAAACGCUAAAAUUAUGGCCCUACGAUCCAGGCUUCCAGGGACCAGGGAUCCAGGGAAGAGGCGCGUAAAGCCAGUAUCAAGACACUUGAUGCAAGUGAAUCUUGGUGGUGAUGACUCUGAUAAUGACAGUGAUUAUCAAGUGAAUAAUUCAGAUAUGAGUGAAGAUCAGGAAGAUGACAAAGAUUCGUCAAAACAUGAUUCAAAUAAUGACGGUUCGGAUGGUGGUAAAGAGGAAGACAAAGUGAGUGAAUCCAGCAAUGAUGAUACAGAUGAAGAGGAAGGGGAAGAAUCAUCUGAUGAUGAUGAUGAUGGUGAUGACAGUGAUGAUGAAGCCAGUGAUGAAAAUUUUGGAAAACCCAAAAGAAAUUACUUUGAUUGCAUAAACAGUGAUGACGAUGAUGAUGAUGAAGACUAUGUUCCAAAGAAAAAGCAAAAGCAAAGUUCUAAGGGAAUACAGAAACAUGCUGAGAAAAUGCGCAUAAGAUCCCCAGAGGUUAAAAAGGUUCUCAAUGAAACAAAUGCUGAAGAUUCAUCCAGUUCUCGACCAAUGAAAGUGCUCAUCUGCUGUAUCUGUCUGGGAGACAUCAGUGAGGCAGAUGAUGAAAUCGUGGAGUGUGACAACUGCGGGGUUGCUGUACAUGAGGGUUGCUAUGGUAUCAGUGACAGCCAAUCAACAGCCAGCACGGACUCAUCUGCCAGCACAGAGCCCUGGUUCUGUGAUGCCUGCAAGGCUGGAGUGAAACCAGACUGUGAACUGUGUCCUAAUGAGGGUGGAAUAUUCAAAGAAACUGAUGCUGGAAAAUGGGUCCACCUAGUGUGUGCCCUUUACACCCCAGGGGUAGCAUUUGGAGACGUGGACAAACUGUCACCUGUCACCCUGUUUGAAAUGCCAUACUCCAAGUGGGGACUUAGAGAGUGUUCAUUGUGUGAGGACUCCAGGUUCUCUAGAACUGGAGUGUGCAUCAGCUGUGACGCUGGCAUGUGCCGGAGCUUCUUUCAUGUCACAUGUGCACAGAGGAAUGGUUUAUUGUCAGAAGCGUCCCCUGAUGAGGACAUUGCGGACCCAUUCUAUGCGUACUGCAAGCUGCAUGCGGACAAGAUGACGAGCCGAGCCAAGCGACGCAACUACCUGGCUAUACAGAGCCACAUGAAGCAUCAUGCUGACAAUGUGGAGAAACAAGAGGAAAAGGAAAAGGCCCGAUUCCGACGGAAGUUGAUGAGGCACAGACAGAAGUACAGCAUCUCUAAGGCUGCAAGACCUCCAUCUUGGGUUCCUCCACAAAAGCUGGUUCGAUUUCUGACGUCAAGUCCCUCAGUUGUGAAGAAAAUGUUGAGGAAGGCAGAGCUUAUGGGUCUUAUAACACAGUCCACACAUGUGGUUCACACUACAGAGAAACAACAAGAAAGGAAGAAAUCCCAUAAUGGUCCAGCCCUGUCUGCAGAAUUUGUUACUUAUUACCUUGAUCGCAAUGUACGCUUAGACAAGAUUAAGGCGGACUUGAAGGAACUUGAAAAACAGAACGAGAAGCUGCGAAAACAGGACAGCGCCCUAAGACAACAGUAUGACCAGUUGCUGAAAGGGAAAACUUCAGAGGACGCUCAUAGACUGAGAGAUGAGGGGCAAAACCUUUGGUCAUUAUUGUCGGACAUGAGCAAGAAGCCCCUGCCUCUUCCAGAAGUAUUCAAGAAAAAAAAGGAGGUAUGCAGACCUGCCACAAACAUGGAGGUGCUGAAAUCCCCUACAGCUGUUAUCAGGCAGUGUGGCAAGUGUGGCCUGUCACAUGAUCAACACCUGCUAGCCAAGUGUGACACAUGUCACCUGUCCUACCACCUGGCCUGCCUGGAGCCCCCACUGACUCGUAUGCCCAAGAAAACUAGGAUAUAUAGCUGGCAGUGCUCUGAUUGCGCCAAAUCCAGCAGUGAUGAAUGCGAGGACACUUCCACGAGGAACAUGAAUGCACCGAGACGACUAAGAGACAAGAUCAAGGAACCAGCAAAAUUUUCCCAUGCUCAACAGGAGAUGGAGUUUCUGUUUCCUUCGAGGACGAAAAAGAAAAGUAAGAGAAAGCUUCCGAAGAAAGAUGCAAAUAAAAGUUCUACAAAUAAAAGAACAGCAAAAUCCAAAAUUCAGGAUCCUGAGAAGGCUGCUGCUGAGAGCGAUGAACAGUCGGAUGACGAGUCCGUGUAUGAACCUGACAUGACAAACAGUAUGGGGGAUUCCCCUAUAGAUGGCACCACUGGGGAUUCCCCUAUUCAUCACAUGAUGGGUUAUUCCCCAGAUGAAGAAGAGCCUGGGAAUUCUCCACCCGUUGGAAGCCAGGAUGGUGAAGAACUCAGUGACGAAAGCUCGCGAGGGGUUGAGAUUCAUAUAGAAGAAGAGACCACGCCUAUAUAUAAGCAGCGAAUCAUUCAUGAUAUAUCAAGCGUAUCAAGGACGGGCAGACGAAUCAUUAGGAAGAAACAUUACGAUGAUGAGAGCGAAAUGAGUGAUGUCUCACCCACCCAGAACAGCUCUGGUGGUAAAAGAGCCAGUUCAGAGCAGGUUGUGAGUAGACGUUCAGCGUCGAAAACCCCUCCUGAGAAACAUGAGAAACAGCCUGGCAACCAAUGUGCCACCUGCUCUAAAUUUGGGGAUGGCAAGACAAUGGUCAGCUGUGACAACUGUGAGCUGUGGUACCACUUCCAGUGCCUGGAUCCCCCGGCAAAGAAGACACCCAAGCAGCGGGGAUACACCUGGUUUUGUGAGGCCUGUGACAUGGAUGAUGAUUCAGGAAAUCUAGAGAACGCUUCCACAGUGGGGAUCAAACCCAUGAUAUCCCGGUCGCUAAGUGGAGACCAUACCCACAAUGCCAUGCUGACCUUUUGAUGAUUCACAGGGGCAAAGAAUUUGUUGUAACAAAAGCACCUCAAAAUUAGACUGGCGCUGAUCUUAAUGCAUGAAUGUUUGAUAGUAGCAUUAUGAUAAAUACAUUUGUUUUCUUUCCGGCAAUUGACUAAAUGGAUGAUAAAUAAUCCACUAACUUACUGAUAGGAUGGAACUCAUCAAGAAUAAAAUGAAGUACAUGUAUCAAUAUAGAACACAAUACGGACUUGUAAUUUAUGUUUAUAGAUUAAGGUUAAUGUGGUGACCAAUGCACAGUAAAACUUUUUUGAUUUGCUAAUGUUUAUUAUUUCAUUUAUUUACAAAAUAAGCUGUUGAAAACAACAAUACAUCUUAAAAGCAGACAGUUUCAAAUACAAAAGACCAACAUUUCUUCAAUAUGCAUUAAAUCAACAAGUAACAAAAAAUUUCCAUCUGAAUUAGGGGUUCCAUUAUUGGCUGAGUAUUUAGAAUAUCACAAUUUAAGUAACCAAUUAAAGCUGGUGAGUGAAAUGUGCUUUAACAACCCCAUUGUAUAGGUAAAUAAAAUAAUAAAUUAGAUGCCAACUUUUUUU